GAACAACAAGAGGACAUAUUCACAUCAGAAACUUCCAAUGAAUUCCAACAGACAGACAAUAUGGAAAACGACUGGAAUGGAUCCAAGGAUGGUAUCAUCGUUAUGCCAACGAUUUCCGAGCAAGAGAAGCAGAGAAUGAUGGAUAGCGAGCCAGGUCCUGAUAUCGGGGAUGAUGAGGUUCCCGAUGUGAGGGACGCAGACGAUGUCGGCGGAGGUGGCGGCAUGUCGUUGUUCAUACGUGGAGCGCAAGUCGUCAACGACGAUUCCGUCUUCUUCGCUGACGUCAUCGUCCAGGACGGAGUGAUCAGAAAUGUCGGACCGUCACUGGAAAUUCCUGCUGAUGCAGAAAUUGUGGAAGCUGCUGGUAAGAUGCUGUUUCCUGCUGGAAUUGAUGCUUACACGUAUUUCACUGCACUCGAUUCGGCCGAUAAUCUUGCAACCAGCUGCAAAGCAGCAGUAGCAGGAGGCACAGCCACGGUUAUCGACGUCGUUUCUCCCAAAGCUGGAGAAUCUCUAACUUCUUCUCUCUCUAGAGUUAAGGAUGGUCUUUCGUCAUCACUGUGUAACGUAGGGCUUUCGGUGAGUGCCUUAGUGAAACUUGACAGUGUUCGUAAGGAAAUGGAGAAGGUGGUUGCCGAAGGAGUCAAUAGUUUCAUUAUUGACGUUGAAGGAGAUGAUAUAUUAGAGCACUGCAGAACGCUCGGCGUUCUUGCGCGGGUUCUGCCGGAGAAUCGCACCAUUGUGCCUUAUCUGGAGAAGAAAAUACUCGAACUAGGAAUCACUGGCCCUGAGGGAUUCCUACAGUCUCGCCCUGAAGAGCUAGAAAGCGAAUGUGUGAGCAGAUUGUGUGUGCUUAGCCAGUUGAGCAACUGUCCUGUCUCAAUCCUGUCGGUAUCGUCAGCUGAGUCUCUGUCAGCCAUGGAGCGGGCAAGGUAUUCAGGAGCUCUUGCUCAUGUGGAGAUCGCUAGUGCUGCUGUAGUUUCGGAUGGAACUCACUAUUUCAACAAGUGCCUGAAGCAUGCAGCUGCUCAUAUGACAGAAGUUCCACUAAGGCCAGAAGGAUGCAACAAGCUGGUGUCUGCGUUGGCUAGCCAACCACUUGCUGUUUGCACUUCUGGACAUCGUGCUAUUUCAUCUGGGAGUCGCACAUCUGCCAGAGACUUCACAGCGAUGCCUAAAGGGACGGUAGGCGUCGAAGAGCGAAUGUGUGCGGUAUGGGAGAAAGCAGUUCGCACUGGACGCAUUGAUCCAAUGCGAUUUGUAGCCGUCACCUCGACUAAUGCAGCCAAAAUGUUCAACUUAUAUCCAAAAAAGGGUCGCAUUGCCGUAGGGGCUGAUGCUGAUCUUGUACUGUGGGACGCAUCUGGUCGUUGGAAACUGUCAUCAGCAGAGCGACAAUCGUCUGUUGACAUUAGUAUCUAUGAAGGAAUGACAGUGCAUGCACUGGUGACAAUAGUAGGUGGGCAGAUUGUUUGGAAAGACGGUAAAAUCCAAGAAGCGAAGGGCACGUUUGUCCCGCUGUUACCACAGAGUCCGUACCUUUUCAGUGUAGUUCAGCAACGAGAUAAGGUAUUUGUUACUGGUUACCAGCCAUACAUUUCUCAACUGUUUCUGUCAAUUACUCAGUUUUCAGGAGGAGACCAUAAACCACCCGCAACUCGAGUCCGAAAUCCCCCUGGAGGCAGGUCUACGGGUUUUUGGUAG